AUGAAGAAAAAGACUGCCGAUAGAAAGCGAUUUUCACGCCAAUUAAAGGAUUGUCCCAUCGAUCGUCCUUUCGAGGUUAAAAAAACUAAAAAUAAACGUCAUAUCCUUGGUACUAAGACUAAAAAUGGCCGAUUUGCUGGUUAUACUAACUCCAAACUGGCUUUAAAGCGUAAAGACAGACUCAAUACUAUGAUUGAACAACGAACCAAGCGUAAUAAAAUUGUCGAUCAUAGACUGGGUGAAUACGAUCAAUCAUUAUCAGCUGAAGAUAAAAUGAUACAAAGAUUUGCUGUAGAGAAAAAGAAACAUCAUGAGAAAGCAGAAGCUUACCAAUUAGAAGAUUAUCAAUUAACUCAUCUUGGACAGUCAUUAGCUGAAGUUGAAAACUUUCAAGAAGAUGAAAAAUUUAGCUCAGACGAAGACAACGAUAAUGCUCAAGAUGAUAGCGAUUUAUAUUUUGGCGGAUUCCUAAAGAAAAAAUCGGAAAGCCAAAGUGAAAGCACUAAUCAAUACGAAAGAAAACGUGAGAAGGAGAGAACUGAAAAUAUGAUGCUUAAUAUUGAUGAGGAAUGGAAAGAAAUGAUGCCUGUAUUAAUUCAAUCGUCCAUUAACGCCGCAAAUACUACCCGUCAAGAAAAUAAGGUGGAUUCCUAUGAUAAAUCGGUCAGGGAGCUCGCUUUCGAUUUAAAAGCAAAGGCUACAAGUAGAUUAAAAUCUGAAGAGGAAUUAAUCAAGGAAGAAAAAGAAAAAUUGGAGCAAUUAGAGGCAGAUAGACUGAGACGAAUGAAGGGCUUACCCGAUACUUCUGAAAAACGGCCCAAACAUUUAUCUGCUGAUGCGAUGGAAACAAAUAUUGAAGAAAUACGAGAUAAACGAAUUGCAUUACGUUACAUGGAUGGUAAAGCGGUCAUCCCAGAAGGAUACACCGAAGAGGAAUUACUGCCUCGAUCGAAAGCGACAACAGUUGAUGAUAACGAAUUAAGUGAUCAGGAAGACGUAUCAGACGACGACAAUGAUCAAAACAGCGAUGAAGCAGAAUCCGCGGAAGAAGAAGGUUCAGAGGAAGAAGAAGAAGAUUUAGAGGAAGAAGAAGAAAUUUCAGAGGAAGAUAGUGACAGUCUAGAGGAUUUAAAUUCUGACGAGGAUGUAAAUAGUCCACAAGAAUCUGAAAAUGAAGAUUCUGCAGAGGAAAUGAAUAAACAAGAAGAAAAAAAUACAGUUAGCCUUGAAAUGAAAGCUGCUGCAGAAGAGUUACCAUAUCAAUUCAAAGCACCAGCAUCGUACAACGAAUUUAAAUCUUUAGUCACAAAAAGAUCCUUACAAGAUCAGCUUACCAUUAUUGACAGACUUCGAACCCAUUAUCACAUCUCAUUAGAUAGUAAAAACAGGGGUAAAUUGGAGGUCCUCUUAGAUUGUUUACUACAUCAUUUAGAGAACAUAACUCAAGAAUUCACCGAACAAAUGUUAAAUUCAAAUGUACUAGACGGACUAAUUAAGCAUAUUUUUAGUUUAGCUCAAGUAUCUCCACAGUAUACAGCAAAUUGUUGCUUGCUAUUUUUAAAUAAGUACGUCAACGAAACUAAAAAAAAAGGUAAAGCUGCAUUUCCAGGAAUUCAUCAGCUAAUUUUUUUCCGAGUCAUGGCAAUUAUUUUUCCCACUACCGACUAUCAUCACUGCAUUUCGACACCAACCAUGCUUUAUAUGGGGAAACUUUUAAUUGAGUCCAAUGUAGAAAGUCUUACAGAUAUAACGAAAGGACUAUUCAUUUGUAACAACAUACUAGACUACGUUUCUAAAUCCAAACGAUUCGUACCCGAAGUUGUAAUAUUUUUGACGGAUAUUAUCUCUGCUUUCUCAACAUUCAAAGAUCGAAAAUAUGAAAAUCUACUUCAUAUCGAAAAUUUGGAAAGGCUGUCUCUAUUGGCUUUAGCCAUUGAUUUGCUCGAUCAAUUCGCGAAACUAUAUGCUAAUGCGGUGGCAUUUCCGGAAAUUUAUCAUCGUACUUCUGAAAUUCUGAAUUGCAUCGAUAUUGAAGGUUAUCCAGCAGAAAUUAAGGCUAAUUAUGAAUCGAUACAAAUGAAAAUUAGUAGCAGUAUAUCAGAACCAAGAAAUUAUCUUAUAUUACAAAAGCGUAAACCUCAGCCGCUAAAACUACUCGAACCAAGGUUUGAAGAUCGUACGCAAACAAAUUCUGAGCGAAGCUACGGAAACAAGAAACACUUAGAAAAAAUGAAAGACAGACGCCAAAAUAAGCGAGAUCAAAAGAGACUUACACGAGAACUAAGAAGAGACAGUCGUUAUGUGGCUAUGAAACAGCGCGAAGAUCGGCGAAUGAGAGAUACCGAGAGAAAGCGUAAAGUGAAGGAAAUUGAACAUCUACUCUCAAAUCAGCAAGCAGAGAUGAAAGCCUAUAAGAAAAGGAAAUAA